GCGGCGGCGGCGCCACGUGUGGCGGCACCAGGAAGUGGCGGCGGGGCCGGGACGGCCGGGCCCAGGCUGCCGGUCCCGGCGCUCUCAGCAUGCUCCCGGGGCAGGGCCCGGUGCUGCAGUCGGUGCUGGGAACCCUCCUCACCUGGGGCCUGACGGCGGCCGGCUCGGCGCUCGUCUUCGUCUUCUCCAGCGGGCAGAGGCGGAUCCUAGAUGGGAGCCUGGGCUUUGCUGCGGGGGUCAUGCUGGCCGCUUCCUACUGGUCCCUCCUGGCCCCGGCUAUCGAGAUGGCUGAAGAGUCCGGCACCUUUGGAGCCUUUGCUUUCCUCCCCGUGGCCGUGGGCUUUGUUCUGGGAGCAGCUUUUGUGUACGGGGCCGACCUGCUCAUCCCGGUGCUGGGUUUCAGCGGACCCCCCCACGCGGCAUUUGCCUUGAGCUACGACCCACGAGCGGCGAAAGAGAAAUACGAGCACGACCCUGCCUCUCGCCUGGACUACGAGAGCGAGUUGUCCAUCCGGAUAGGUAGAGCUGGGCACCAUCCAGAGGGUCUGGCCGUGGGAGUUGGAUUCGGGGCUGUUGGAAAAUCAGCGUCUGCCACCUUCCAAAGCGCCAGGAACCUGGCGAUUGGGAUCGGCAUCCAGAACUUCCCGGAAGGCCUUGCUGUCAGCCUGCCUUUACGCGGCGCGGGAUUUUCGACCUGGAAGGCGUUCUGGUACGGGCAGCUGAGCGGCAUGGUGGAGCCCUUGGCUGGCAUCUUCGGUGCCUUCGCCGUGGUGGUGGCAGAGCCUCUCCUCCCCUACGCCCUGGGCUUUGCGGCCGGAGCAAUGGUCUACGUGGUCAUGGACGAUAUCAUCCCCGAGGCACAGACCAGCGGCAACGGGAAGCUGGCUUCCUGGACCUCCGUGCUCGGCUUCGUGGUGAUGAUGUCCCUGGACGUCGGCCUCGGGUAGGGCAGCUCGCUGCUCCCCGCGGGAAGGCUUCUCACCAGCGGCCGUGGUGGCAUUUGGGACUGGACGCGCGUUAUCCUCUAGACUUUUUUUUUGUACAUGAUUAUUAUUUUUAUUUUUUUUUGGAUCUGGUUUGGUGUUAAUUCCCUAUGAUUUGGUCUAUCUGCUCCCCCCAACAUCACGUCGAUGGUUUUCAAAGCACAAACGCGGGUGGUUCGGUGCGGGUCCUGCUUUCCUUUCGCCACCAGAUUUUCUGUUUCCCCUAGAGGGCUGUGAGAUGCAUUGGCCGGGCUGCAGGUCCCGCUUUGCUUUUCCUUCAGUUCUGGGGUGGUUUCUCUGAGUCAGGUCGGUUUUGAUCAUCCUCGUUCUGUAGAAGGUCAGGAAUUCACUGUUGCAUGCUUAAGCUGCUCUGCAGUUACGUCCCAAGGCAUCUGAAUGAAGUAAACUCAAUUUCCACCCCUGGUUCUGGAAGGCAGGUGGAAAUUUUAGGGCUAGGAUAACGUGCAGCACCCUGUGGGACAGCAGGUCUGAUACAUCCCGCUGGUCCUGGGCAGUGUUUUAGGGCUUUAGUUGUUUUGACGGAUGCAAAUAGUCUAAGCAAAUAAAAAUGAAUUUUCUUGGUA